AUGGUCCGCUCAACAAUAAUCGUCAGAGCCAGCGACGCUCUCCCGCUCGCUGCCAGCGUCGACGAUGAGCAAACAGAACAGGCUCUCCAAGAACACAAAACACAGGCAAAAGUCAUCUUCAGACGACUAAGCCCAAACGUGGAACCGAGAUGCUCAAUCGAGAGUGGUCAAUAUACGCUUCACUACCUGAUAUCCGACAACGUCUGUUUCCUAACAAUUGCCGAGAAAUCCUACCCUCGCAAACUCGCAUUCUCAUACCUUGACGAAUUAUCAAAAGAAUUCGCAAGCACCUAUGGCGCUAAAGUGGAUACCGUGCGGAAACCCUACGCUUUCGUUGGCUUCGACACCUUCAUGUCCAAGACGGCACGACUCUACCAAGACACACGGACAGCCAACGCUGCCGCUUCAGGCCUGGACAGGCUCAACGACGACCUUCAAGAUGUGACACGAAUCAUGACCAAGAACAUGGAGGAGCUUUUGUGGAGAGGAGAUUCACUCGACCGCAUGUCGCAUCUAUCAACCUCCCUGCGCUCAGAAUCCGAAAAGUACAGAAAAGCAGCCAAGAACAUCAACUUCCAGGCAAUGCUCAGGCAAUAUGCUCCCAUCGGCGCCGUUGCUUUGUUCGUCUUCAUCAUUCUCCUGUGGAGAUUCUGGUGA